AUGGAGCCAUGGAAAACAUACCACAAAGAUGUUGUGCAUAUAUUUGAAGACAGUGAAUGGCAGAAGAGAACUGCAAAGGCUCCACCACUUUCUCAUACUGAAUGUCAAAUGUGGGCCACACUUCAAAUAUUGCUUUUUGAUUCUGACUCUAUCAAUAUGUAUGAAAUUAAUACUGCACGAAGAAAUGUGCUCUUAAAAUUACGUGGCCAUCUAGAUGAAGCAGCCUUAUCCCAGGUCCCCUCCUUGGAACACAUUGCACGGUGGCUUGCCACUCUUGCCAUCACUGCCCCCACAACAGGCACACCCACCACCCCUUAUCACUACUCUCCCACAAUGCCUGCAGGCAUUGGCAUCCACCAUGGCAGCUGCCUGGGACUUGGAUGUCCUAGAGGAGCUGCUACCUCACCCUCCAAUAUGUACCUCCUGUGGUGGUCCUGCAAGCCAAAGGUGCUCCCGAUGCCACAAUCAGUGGUAUUGCCACAGGAAGUGUCAAGUCAAAGACUGGCCUCAGCACAAAAAACUGUGUGACCUUUUACUAACUAGCCAUAGCAAAACUGACAAUAUACAGGAACACUUUGCCUCCUCAAAGAAGUAAUAUUCUUCAUAAUGAUGUGAUUAUAUGGGAAAAAAUGGUAAGAAGCUAAAUAAACUAAAUACUAAAGAUGUAAGAUUAUACAACGCCCAUCAGACAAUUCACAUUCUGCAUAAAUUAUUUGUUGUUAAUAUUCACAAUUUUAGGUUUAGAAUAUUUCACCCAGAACAUCUCUG